AUGAAAGGAAAGGGUAAGAUGAAAAAAGAACAAGAGAGAAUGGAAUUCUCGAUAGCAACUCCACCCUCCCGUUACCCAUCGAUUUUCACACCGGUUGACGCAUCGAGGAGAACUGUCAUUCCGGGCACAUCCUUCUUCUCUCGUCAACAACAGCAAACGGAGCAACACGGCCUUGCCGACAAGAAUGGUCGAUAUCGAGGUGGGGGGUAGGAGGGGGAGCCAGGCAGUGGUAUGUCUGCCCGAGGGGAGUGCCCAUCUCGCCAUCCCAAUCUCAACCCGAGCACCGAU